GUGUUUAUAAGCCGGUGGUUCUUGUGCCUCUCCUCCUCUCCUCCUCCUCUCCUCACCCUUAACCCUGCUCACCUCUCAGCUGGACAGCCAGAGACCUUCCCGCUCCACACUGACAACAUGCUGGGGACUCUCUGCUCUCUCCUGGCUGCUCUCACAUGUGUGAGCGCUGUGACUGUGGUGACACAGCAGCCUUCUGUUGUGACGCUGACCAGAGGAGAGACGGCCUCCAUCGACUGUAACCUGGGGAGCGUUAGUAAUUAUCCUGCUUUCUGGCAUAAACAGAUACCUGGAGGAUUACCUCAGUAUAUGCUAUAUUUUCACCAAUCCUACACCGAUGUAAAAUAUGGUUCUGGAUUCUCCUCACCUCAUUUUACAUCUACCAGUCAGUCCGUGUCUGAUUAUCGCUUGAUCAUCAAUAAUGUGGAGGAAGGAGACUCAGCCGUUUAUUACUGUAACACAUGGGAUAGUUCUGCUAAAGAAAACGUAUCACAGUGGGUAUUCGGCGGAGGCACCAAGUUGAUCGUUACUGGCUCCAGCCUCCCUCCUCCUGUCCUGACAUUCUACCGUCCUUCCACCAAUCCGCUCUCGUCCAGCCAUGCCGCUCUGGUCUGUCUGGCACGGCAGAUGUCUAUCGGCUUCGCAGAGGUGAGCUGGCUGGUCAACGGGAGUCCGGUCACCGAAGGGACUUGGACCAGCACCGCAGUUCAGCACCCCGACAAGACUUUCCAACUCAGCAGCCAUCUGUCCCUUCGAGCUUGUGACUUCAGCGAGGAGAGGAGCUACACAUGUAAAGUGACCGUGGGUUCAAGCUCCUUUGAGAAAACGAUGAGGAUGUCUGAAUGUAGGAACACUUUAGAAUAAGUGUCACGUUAACGUUGACGUCUUUCUUGCUUGCUGCUUGUGCACUAGAAGAUAGGGUGAUUUUGUGGUCUAAAGGGCUUUUGUGUGCAUUCACGAAUAGAUACCUUUCUAUGAACCUUUCUGUACGUUGUGUUGAGAAAAGUUCACUCAAUAAAAGUCAUUGCAUUUGAAAUGAAA